GUCUUGCCGGCCCGCUUUGCCAAUAACAUUGAUAGCAAAGUUCCAAAACAUUACAAGUGAUGGGCAUGCAUCUAAAUGAAAAUUUGAGUUGUGCUGUUUACACAAUCUAGUUUUAAAAGGGAAAUUGUGGGAUUGAAUAGAGUGAGAUGUGAUGUAAUUGCUUUAGUUACUACUACUAUAUUCUUUCAUGCAUAUUUGUGAUGAAGCAAAAUCAAUUGCAUUGAAGACAAAAGAAGAAUGUGUUGUGAAUUCUUAAAUCAGAAGGAAUGAAGAUUCCCCUGGCAGCCCCCUUAAUUAUAUAAUAGAAUUUGUCACUAUUAUAUGGCCCUCUUGAGUUGAGUAUCUUGAAUAUAAUAUCAUUAGGCACAUCCUAAACAAUUCUUUAAAAUAUGAGGUUUAACCAUUUGGAGGCCAUUGCAGCAAGUACCUGUGAGCUGCAGGCAUUGUGCUUAAAAAAAUAUGAAAUUGACCUAUAUUAUAUUCAUGUGUCCUAGUCUUCCCUUGUCUUUACCAUGUCUUUGUGUAAAACUUUGCCCUGUUCCACAGGGUAGUUGAGGCUGAAAAGGAAUUGGCUGGCGCUUUGGCUUAUAUCAGCUUUGCAGAUUUCCUCCACAGAGUGUCCUAUCCAGAUUUUCAGAUAACGAAUCAGCAAAACAUGGCUGAGGGAAGUGAUGGGAAGAGCUGUUCUCGUGACCUCGUGUCUCUGCUGUCUUCAAUGGAUAGAGAUUACCUCAUACGAAGAGGAAAUGGCGAACAGGUUAUGGUCAGUUGUAUUACAGGGAAGGUAGUAGGCUUAUAUUUUUCUGGUUCAUGGUGUGGUCCAUGCCAACAAUUUACAACAAAUUUGGUGGAAACAUAUGAAGCCCUUUUACCCAAAGGAGAGUUUGAAGUGGUGUUUGUUUCUUCUGACAAAGAUGAAGCAUCAUUUCACAGCUACUUUGAGAAAAUGCCAUGGCUGGCAGUUCCUUUCUCUGAUGUUGAGACGCGUAAAACUCUCAAGCAGACAUUCAAAGUGCGGGCAAUUCCACAUCUAGUGAUACUGGAUAAAACAGGCAAGGUUUCAAGUGGUGAAGGCAUUAGACUCAUCAAGCAUUUUGGGGCCGAGGCCUAUCCGUUUACACCAGAAAGAAUUCGUUACUUGAGAGAGGAAGAAGAGAGAGCUAAAAAGGAUCAGUCCUUGCAGUCUCUCUUAGUCUAUGGUUCUCGUGACUAUUUGAUCUCAAAUGGUGGGAAUAAGAUUUCUGUGUCAGAGCUUGAAGGCAAAACAGUUGGUUUGUAUUUUGCUAUGAGUUCUCACAGUGGCUGCAGGAAGUUUACCUCGAGACUAAUAGAGGCAUACAAAAAUCUCAAACGGGAGAGCUUCGAAAUUGUGUUAGUGUCUCUAGAUGAUAAAGUCGAAGAGUUCAGGGAAGGUUUCGAAACCAUGCCAUGGCUAGCAUUGCCCUUUAAAGAUGAGAAUUGCAGGAGGCUUGGCAGGUACUUUGAGAAUAAAUGGCUUCCUCAGCUAGUUAUAAUCGGUCCAGAUGGGAAGACAGUGAGCCCCAAUGUGGUUGAACUUGUUGAGGAACACGGAGAAGAGGCCUUUCCUUUUACACGAGAAAAGCUCGUGCAACUGGCUAACAUGAAGAAGGCGAAACUUGAAGCUCAGACAUUGGAAUCCAUCCUGGUUUCUGCAGCUAGACAUUUUGUUAUCUCAAAGGAUGGUUCUAAGGUUCCUGUCUCGGAGCUGGUUGGAAAGAACAUUCUGCUCUACUUCGCAGCAAAAUGGAGCCUUCCAUGCCAAGAAUUUCUGCCAAAACUUGUGAAGGCAUACCAAGAAAUCAAGGCCAAAGAUGAUGGGGAAGCAUUUGAAGUGAUUUUCAUCUCAAGCGAUCACGAUCAAUCCUCCUUUGAUGACUUCUUCUCAGGCAUGCCAUGGCUAGCCCUCCCCUUUGGUGAUCAGUGCAACAAGUUUCUGCUGCAAAGAUUCAGAAUAGCCAUUGGAGGCAUACCAGCAGCCAUAGCCAUAGGACCCUGUGGCCUCACAUUGAAUACACAAGUCAGGCAACUCAUCGAAACACAUGGCUCGAGCGCCUACCCGUUUACCGAGGAGCACGUGAAGAAGUUGCAGUUGCAGACGGAGAAAGGAGGAGGAGGAGAACGAGAUGAACUCCACACUGAACACGACCUCGCUCUUGCUCAUCGCAAGGUGUAUCUCUGCAAUGGAUGCAAGGAGAUGGGAUAUGGAUGGUCUUUUCUGUGCAGGCAUUGCGAUUUCGGCCUACAUCCCAAGUGUGCAAGCUCAACACAAGGAUGACAAAGAAACUUGUUAGAAUUGAAUGAUAAUAAAUUGAUUAAUGCAUCAACUAGCAUACUGCUUCACUUCUUCUUGGAUGUUUCAAUGCUGCACAAUUUUCUUCCUCUGUAAUCUGGGUUAAAUAAUGAAGUUUUAGUUUGUUUCUAGCUUUCA